AUGAACUGUGACGACGAUGUAAAACCUCAAGAUACCAGGUAUUUUGUUGUUAGCUUGUGGAACACUUUACAGUCUAAAGCAGGUGGGAUUUUCUCUAUAUUUGCGGAAGGAUCAGAUGCAAGCAUUCAGAGCACUGUGAGAGAUGUGGAGUUUGUUGGCGGAUUCAAGAGAGUUUCGCCCUCAGAAUCCUACUUAUUUCUCAACGCAAAGACUGGCUCAGAGAGGAAAGUGCUCGUCCUGUGGAUGAACAGCUCUAAAGGAAAAAAGAGAGAAAUCAUCAAAUCCCUACAGGCUGCAACGAUACGAUGCUGCAGUGAUAAAGCUCGUCCAGUGCUCGUCGCCUGCACUGUUAUUCCCUCAGUGAACAGCGUUAUUUGGGCAGGUGUGUUCAGUGCGCAGAAUCAGCAGGAUCCGGAGAACAGCGCGCUGGCUCUGUACGACAUCAGGAGCAUUCAAGGCCGAGUGAAGGGCUUCUGCGCUUCUGGUGAAAACCCAUGUGGUUCUGAGAGUGAUACUGAACUUCAGCCGCUCUCUGUGGUGUUCAAGCACAGCUCAAUGUCAGCAGUGGCAGCAGUUAGAAGUGGAUCCUGGAUUGUGCUGUUCAUGGGAACCAGUGAUAGCCAACUCAUCAAGUUUGUGUUGGAUGAGAAAUUCACACCAGGAUGUCCAACAGUGCUGCUGAAAUCUGAUGGUGAACGAGCAGUGCUUCCCAGAAUGCACUUUGAUCCAGUAGAUUUCAAACAUAUCUACAUAGCUCUGAGGAAAGAGGUGAGGUUUAAAACUGUACAGUUAAUAAAAAAAGUGUCUGUGGUUUCGUGUGUUAAAUACGGCACUCUGAUAGACUGCAGAGCUGCUCUGGAUCCACUCUGCGGCUGGUGUGUGAACAUACAGAGGUGCUCCACCCAGGAAUGUUUGAAAUCUUCAUGGGUGUCCACCCCAAAAGACUCCCUUCAGAAACAGCUAGUUUCUUUUCAGGUUUGGGCAGAGAAAUCUUCCAGCAAGAUUACUCUAUAUCUUUCCUUGAGUCUGGAGAGCACAGGAAAUCCUGCCUUCUCGUGCACCUUCCCCACAGGAGCCAUGAACCUGUGUGACGGGUCUGAUCCGCCUGCAGUUUUCCCAAACUGCUACUGUAGGUUUUCUGGUUUAAACGUCUCAGCGGAAGUGGCUGUUGGGGAUCAGAAGAUCACAGAGAUGCUGAUGCUGAAAGACUGCCUGAAUAUCAAAGAUAAUUCACCAAGUGCUUCUUAUACACAGUGUGUGCAGUGUGUCUCAUCUGGGUGUCACUGGUCCUCUUCCUCCAAAUGUUGUGAAUGGGCACAUGGCCGUGGACCACAGUUACACGUACAGGUGAGACAAUGUGUAUCCUACAUUACACUUAUUCUCAGCCCAGCUGCACUGGAAUACAGCCCACAUGGUGGAAAGAAGAUUCAUGUUCAGGGGAGCAAUCUGGAAUUUGUGGAAUCAGUUACUGUCCAUUCCAGUUAUAAACACUAUGAUCUGAAAACACAACAACACAAGCUCAGGGGUAAGAUUGUCUCUCUUUCUCGGGAUGUGUGGUUUGAGUCCCCCCACUAUGAUGGCAGUGAUCAGUUUAGCUUGUUGUUGAAUGCUGGGAACUCCACUGUGGACUGUGAAAAUUUGUCCUUCAAGCCUGAUCCAGGAUUCACUGGAUUCACCACCGUACAGGUGGCCAAUGAUCUACAGGUGAACAUUAAGAAAAAGGCAGAUAUGUUGAAUUUGAGUAUGAGUGAGGUGACUGUGACGGGUCUACAGGGAGAUCAGGAGUAUCCGUGUCUUUUGGAGAAGAUUGAGUCCAAUGCCGUCAUCUGUAAGAUUAAAGGAGAAUCAGGAGCCGUCCCAGCAGUGGACUCACUCACUAUUAUGGGAAGCAGAAUCUCAUAG